AAGACAAUUGACUGUUUUGGACUCUCUCUCUCUCUCUAAGCAUACACUGUUUUACCUCACUCUGCAUCUGAAUUUUAACUGACAAUGAAUACAGCUGUUGGAUUCUGCGAGGGAUUGUUGAUUCGGUUAGAAAAUUUGGAGCAAUAAAUCCGAGCUCGAUAGUUCACCGGUUGUGGAGAAGUCGCCGGUGACGAGAUGAGCGCCUCCAGGUUCAUAAAAUGCGUCACCGUCGGCGACGGAGCCGUCGGCAAAACUUGCUUGCUCAUUUCCUACACCAGCAACACCUUUCCUACGGAUUACGUCCCAACUGUGUUCGACAAUUUUAGUGCCAAUGUUGUGGUGGAUGGGAGCACUGUUAAUCUAGGACUGUGGGACACUGCUGGUCAGGAGGAUUACAAUAGAUUAAGACCACUAAGCUACCGUGGAGCCGAUGUCUUUAUACUUGCAUUCUCCCUUAUUAGCAAGGCUAGUUAUGAGAAUGUCCCCAAGAAGUGGAUUCCUGAAUUGAGGCAUUAUGCACCUGGAGUUCCAAUAAUUCUUGUUGGGACAAAGCUUGAUCUUCGAGAGGAUAAACAAUUCUUUGUCGACCACCCUGGAGCAGUACCCAUCUCAACUGCACAGGGAGAGGAGCUCAAGAAAAUGAUUGGUGCCUCUGCUUUCAUUGAAUGUAGUGCCAAGACACAACAGAAUGUGAAGGCUGUCUUUGAUGCAGCUAUUAAGGUUGUUCUGCAGCCACCCAAGCAAAGGAAGAAAAAGAAGAGAAAGGGCCAAAAAGCCUGCAGCAUACUGUGAUUGCUUAUGAAACUCCAAGAUGAUGAUGUGAGGGAGAGAGAGAGAGUAGCUUGCCAUGUUGAUUAGUUUCCUCUUGACUUCAUUUUUAGAUGAUACAAGUUGUGUUGUAAGAUUCUGUGUACAAAGUUCUAUUUGCAGACUUGUAGUGAGUAAGUUUUUUUAUCUAAAUAAUUUGGAGGAAUUUUAUUUAUGAUCCA